AACCUCAGCUCCGAACCUAACCUUGGUAAUAGUUGGUACAUUUCUUCACUCUCUUGCCUGCCUGGGUCCUCCACAAGCUCAGCGUCUCUCAAUUGAAAAGAUCAGGAUGCACACUAAAUCCGAUUCCGACUUAACAAGCUCAGUUGAUCCGUCGUCUCCGAGAUACCCCAAACGCCAACUUUAUUACGUCCAAAGCCCUUCGAGGGACUCCCACGAUGGCGAAAAGUCAUCGUCCAUGCAGGCAACGCCCGCUUACAGCAGCCCCAUGGAGUCUCCUUCUCACCCUUCUUACAGCCGUCACUCCAGGGACUCGUCUGCCAGUCGUUUCUCGGGGACCCUCAAGAAAGGAAGGAAGAGAAACGAAAAGGGCUGGACUGAGUGUAACGUCAUUGAAGAAGAGGAGGGGGACUACUUUUAUGGGAAAGAUAAAGGGUUCACGAGGAGGUGCCAGAUUUUGAUGGCCGUGUCUGGGUUCAUCGCGGUUUUCAGUUUGUUUUGUUUGAUCAUCUGGGGUGCCAGCCGCCCUUACAAACCUCAAAUUGUUGUUAAGAGCUUGACAGUCCAUAAUUUCUAUUUUGGAGAGGGAGCCGACAUGACAGGAGUUCCAAGCAAGAUGCUUUCAAUCAACUGUUCAGUAAGGAUGACACUAUACAAUCCUGCAACUUUCUUUGGUAUUCAUGUUAGUUCCAAUCUUGUCAACCUAAUGUACUCAGAAAUCACGGUUGCCACUGGUCAGAUGAAGAAGUACUAUCAGCCAAGAAAGAGUCAUCGAACUGUGGCCCUGACUCUCCAUGGGGACAAGGUUCCUUUGUAUGGGGCAGGGGCAAGCUUAGCAGUCUCAAAUGAUGCAAGUGGAGUUCCAAUGAAGUUGGUUUUUGAAGUUCGGGCCAGAGGGAAUGUGGUGGGGAAGUUGGUGAAGUCGAGGCAUCGGAAACAUAUCUCUUGUUCUUUGGUUAUCGACUCUCACAGUAGCAAGCCUCUCAAGAUGAAAAGCAGUUCAUGCCAAUACGACUGAGAUGAAAAUGGUGGGGUUCGGGUGUUUUUUAAGUUAUUUUCAAACUUUCGAUCGAUCAGAAAGUGUGGAAGUAAUAAUCGUUUAGAAAACAGUAUAAUCAGUUUGGAGAAAUAGGAAGUGGUCUAUCAUCUUGAUGUAGAUUAUAUCUUGCGAUCAUUAAUAAGACAAGUUUUUGGUUCAUGUA